ACGACGUCUCUGUGCUGCUCCAGGAGAUCAUCACCGAGGCCCGAAACCUCAGCAAUGCCGAGAUCUGCUCUGUCUUCCCCCUGGACCGCCUCAGCCACGAGCUGGUGGCCAAGGUGUUCGAUGGCGGCGUGGUGGACGACGAGAGCUAUGAGAUCCGCAUCCCCGCAGACCAGGGCAUCGCUGGCCACGUGGCCACCACGGGCAAGAUCCUGAACAUCAAGGACGCCUACGCCCACCCGCUCUUCUACCGAGGGGUGGACGACAGCACCGGCUUCCAGGUCAUCGGAGUGGCGGAGCUGGUCAACAAGAUCAACGGCCCCUGGUUCAGCAAAUUCGACGAGGACCUGGCCACCGCCUUCUCCAUCUACUGCGGCAUCAGCAUCGCCCAUUCGCUGCUGUACAAGAAGGUGAACGAGGCGCAGUACCGCAGCCACCUGGCCAACGAGAUGAUGAUGUACCACAUGAAGGUGUCGGAUGAUGAGUACACCAAGCUGCUGAGCGAGGGCAUCCAGCCCGUCUCCACCAUCGACCCCAACUUCGCCAGCUUCACCUACACCCCGCGCUCGCUGCCCGAGGACGACACCUCCAUGGCCAUCCUGAGCAUGCUGCAGGACAUGAACUUCAUCAACACCUACAAGAUGGACCGUCAGACGCUCACCAGGUUCUGCCUGAUGGUGAAGAAGGGCUACCGCGACCCCCCCUACCACAACUGGAUGCACGCCUUCUCCGUCUCCCACUUCUGCUACCUGCUCUACAAGAACCUGGAGCUGGUCAACUACCUGGAAGACAUCGAGAUCUUUGCCCUCUUCAUCUCCUGCAUGUGCCAUGACCUGGACCACAGAGGCACCAAUAACUCCUUCCAGGUGGCCUCGAAAUCGGUCCUGGCCGCGCUGUACAGCUCGGAGGGCUCCGUUAUGGAGAGGCAUCACUUUGCCCAAGCCAUCGCCAUCCUCAACAGCCAAGGCUGCAACAUCUUCGACCACUUCUCCCGCAAG